AUGUCUGAAUCGGGCUCUACCUCGGAAUAUGACUUUUUAAUAAAGUUCUUAGCACUAGGUGACUCUGGUGUUGGCAAAACAAGUCUACUCUACCAGUAUACUGAUGGCACAUUUAAUUCAAAGUUUAUAUCAACAGUUGGUAUUGAUUUUAGGGAAAAACGUGUGAUGCACAGACCUAAAGGUGCUGAUCCAAAUGUCAGAGGUCAAAGAGUUCAUCUUCAAUUAUGGGAUACCGCUGGACAAGAAAGGUUCCGUAGUUUAACCACAGCAUUUUUUCGAGAUGCAAUGGGAUUUAUUCUUCUGUUUGAUCUGACAAGUGAACAGUCAUUUGUCAAUAUACGAAACUGGAUAGCUCAACUACAGAUGCACGCUUACUGUGAAAAUCCUGAUAUUGUACUCUGUGGAAAUAAGACUGAUUUAGAAGAUCAGAGAGUUGUAUCUGAAGACAAAGCAAGAGAACUGGCAGGAAAAUAUGGUCUUCCAUACUUUGAGACAAGUGCAGCGAGUGGUAGCAAUGUGAGUAAAGCGGUGGAAUGUUUACUUGACAACGUUAUGAUUCGAAUGGAACAAAGUGUUGAUAUAAGUCAGUUCCCACACAGUUUUCAAAAUCAUAGACUUGGAUCUCCAAUGGAAUUAGAUGAAGCAGGAGAAGACGGAAAAUGCCAAUGUUAAGAAACAUUCUUGGAAUAUUUCAUGUAAUAUUUUCUAGACGAUGUAAUGUUUCAAAUGGAAAAAGUUGUUGAUAAAAAUCACUUCCUGCAUGGUUUUAAAAGUCAUAGACUUGGAUCACCAAUGGAAUUUGAUGAAGGCGCCAAAGAUGGAAAAUGCGUAUGUUAAGCAACAUUCUUAGAAUAUUUCAUGUAAUGUAUUCGGACAACAUCAUAAUUCACAUAGAACAAAGUCAGUUCCCACAUGGUUUUCAAAAUCAUGGACUUGGAUGAAGCAAGAGAAGACGGAAAAUGCCAAUGUUAAGG